CGCGGACGGAAACCCGUCUCCCCGGGGUGCCUCCGCCGAGCUGGCGUCUCCGCUUUCAAAAGGCCGUUUUCCUGGGAGGCGCGUUAGAAGCGCCUUGAUCACCGCUGUCUGCUUAACACGCUUGUAUUAAAUUUUACUUCCGUUCCACAAAUAUUGAGUGCUCCUUUUGGGCCAGACGCAGAGACACAGUAAAGAACACGUAAGAUGCCAGGCUAUUGUAUUCUAGUUGGGGAGACAGACAAUAAACAAACGAAAUAAUUUACAGAGACCCGUGGACACUCCCUCAAUGCCUCACCGUCAAAACGGGUGUUCUCGAUGCCCCCACCUAAGAAGGCCCCUCUCAACACUCCUGGCACCCCAGUUCUUGAAGACUUCCCUCAGAAUGACGAUGAAAAGGAGCGUCUGCAGCGGAGGCGCUCCCGGGCCUUUGAGCUACAGUUCAGCAUAGAUUCGCCCCGUCUGCUGGCCUCCCCCUCCAGUCGGAAUAUUGACAUUUCAGCUACAAUUCCGAAGUUUACAAACACACAGAUUACAGAGCAUUAUUCCACCUGUAUCAAACUAUCCACUGAAAACAAAAUCACUACCAAGAAUGCUUUUGGCUUGCACUUGAUUGAUUUCAUGUCAGAAAUUCUUAAACAGAAAGACACCGAACUGACCAACUUUAAAGUGGCUGCGGGCACUCUGGAUGCCAGCACCAAGAUCUAUGCUGUGCGUGUGGAUGCUGUCCACGCUGAUGUGUACAGAGUCCUUGGGGGGCUGGGCAAAGAUGCACCAUCUCCAGAAGAGGCAGAGAGCCAUGCUGCAGAUGGAAGUGUGACUGAAACAGGAACUACUAAAAAGGCUCCAAAGCCCAAGAAGAAGCACUCGCACAAAACCAUCGAGCAGAAUAUAAACAACAUCAAUGUCUCCGAGGCGGAUCGGAAGUGUGAGAUUGAUCCCCUGUUUCAGAAGACUGCAGCCUCGUUUGAUGAGUGCAGCACAGCAGGCGUGUUUCUCUCCACCCUCCACUGCCACGACUACAGAAGCGAGCUGCUUUUCCCUUCGGAUGUCCAGACCCUCUCCAGUGCAGGGCCCCCUGAGAUGCCAGAUUUAGAUUGGGUAGAAAUGACAGAUUUAAAAGCACUCCUGGAGCAGUGUACGGAGGACCGCCAGAUCUGCCCUUCCUUGGCUGGCUUCCAGUUCACAAAAUGGGACAGCGAGACACAUAAUGAGUCUGUGUCAGCCCUGGUAGACAAGUUCAAGAAGAAUGAUCAGGUAUUUGACAUCAACGCUGAGAUAGAGGACAGUGAUGGCGGGGACGUCCUUGAUGGGCCUCUGGAGGAUGACUUUGAUGCCAACGACGAACCGGACCACACCGCCUCUGGGGAUCAUGCAGAGUUCAGGAGCUGGAAGGACCCCUGCCAUAGUCAAAGCUGCCAGGAAGAAAUGAUUCCCCUCGGGGAUGGAGACAUUAGGACCAUGUGCCCCCUUCUAUCCAUGAGACCUGGAGAAUAUUCCUAUUUCAGUCCCCGCACCAUGUCGAUGUGGGCUGGACCGGAGCAUUGGCGCUUCAGACCCCGACACAAACAAGAUGCUGCCUUGAAAUCAGAGAACAGAAAGAAGAGCACAAAGAAAGAAUUUGAAAUAGACUUUGAUGAUGACAUUGACUUUGAUGUGUAUUUUGGAAAAUCAAAGGCUGCUACUAUUCUGACCAAGUCUACUUUGGAGAACCAGAACUGGAGAGCCACCACUCUUCCUACAGACUUCCACUAUGAGGCUGAUCAUCUGGCUCAGCUGCACCUCAAACCGGGCACCAGGAUACUUAGGAUCGCCCGAGGCCAGAAGACGGGGACUGAGCAUUAUGAAGAAAUUGGAGACUAUGACUAUAAUAACCCUAAUGACACAUCCAACUUCUGCCCUGGAUUACAGGCUGCUGACAGUGAUUAUGAAGAUUCGGGUGACUUAUUUGUGGGACCAAAUGCGACCUCUGACCUCUCAGCGUAUCCUUGCCAUUCGCCUAAGACAACACAGGAGGAUGACCCACCUGACAUCCAAGGAUCAGACAUCACUCGUUACGGAGAGUCAAACCUGGUAGCUGAGCCUCAGAAGGUAAAUAAAAUUGAAAUUCAUUAUGCCAAGACUGCCAAAAAGAUGGACAUGAAGAAGUUGAAGCAGAGCAUGUGGAGUUUGCUGACGGACUUCCCACAAGUGGACGCGGAGACAAACCACACUGAGACUGCAAAAGAAGGGGACCCGGUGGAGGUGGCUGACAAGAAAAUGCUCAGCAGGCUCACAUGGGACUUGCAGAAGAGCCUGCCGCCCCUCAUGGCUCAGAACCUCUCCAUACCCCUGGCCUUUGCCUGUCUCCUGCAUCUAGCCAAUGAAAAGAAUCUAAAGCUGGAAGGAACCGAGGAUCUUUCAGACGUUCUCGUGAGGCAAGGGGAUUGAGUUCCCCGGGAGAAGUCAGCAGGCGGGGGCUCAUCACUUCAGUGACCAGGACAUCUCCACUGGAUGCUACAAUGUGGGGCUCGGGGCAAGGUCCCCAUUUGCCUGUCGCUCUUCCCUCCUGUCCCUCUCAGUCUGGGAAACUACUGGAAGCUCGCCCUUGAUUAGAGCUUUCUGCCCUACGACCCCUAGGCGGGAGGAGAGGGUGAGAGUAUGUUUCUGAGACCUACAUGCAUUCUCUGUAUUUGUGCGUAGACUUAGUCUCCUAAAUGGAUCUGUUGUUCUGCCCACUCUUUUGUAGAAGAGGAGGCAUAUGUGGUCCUUUGCCAGCUACCUAAUUCAUGUACAUAAAAUGUCACGUGCCCUUAUAAAUGUAUAUAUAAUGCUUAAAAAUAAAAUUCUAACAAGCUUGGUAAAAUAUUUGAGUACCCAUUAGA